GCAGAGGGAGAGAGGGGGAGAGGGGAUCUGUUGCAGGCAGGGGAAGGCGUGACCUGAAUGAAGAAUGCCAGCCAAUUCCAGAGACACACAGGGACCUCAGAACAAAGAUAAGGCAUCGCUGACACCACACCGGGGGACAAGCUCCCAGGCAAGUCAGGCCGAGGGGACCGAAGCCAGGCAGCCAGGAGCACCCCAGGCAGGAAAAUGAGGUGGCUCCUUCUCUGUCACGCUCUGUGCUUCUCCUUCUUGAAAGCUUCAGCCCAUACCGUGGAGCUUAACAAUAUGUUUGGCCAGAUUCAGUCACCUGGCUAUCCAGACUCCUAUCCAAGUGAUUCAGAGGUGACUUGGAAUAUCACUGUCCCAGAGGGAUUUCGGAUCAAGCUUUACUUCAUGCACUUCAACUUGGAAUCCUCCUACCUUUGUGAAUAUGACUAUGUGAAGGUAGAAACAGAAGAGCAGGUGCUGGCAACGUUCUGUGGCCAGGAGACUACAGACACAGAGCAGACCCCUGGCCAGGAAGUCGUGUUCUCCCCCGGCUCCUUCAUGUCCAUCACCUUCCGGUCAGAUUUCUCCAAUGAGGAGCGAUUCACAGGCUUUGAUGCCCACUACAUGGCCGUGGAUGUGGACGAGUGCACUGAGCGGGAGGACGAGGAGCUGUCCUGUGACCACUAUUGUCAUAACUACAUCGGCGGCUACUACUGCUCCUGCCGCUUUGGCUACCUCCUCCACACAGACAACAGGACCUGCCGAGUGGAGUGCAGUGACAACCUCUUUACCCAGAGGACCGGCGUGAUCACCAGCCCUGACUUCCCCAACCCUUAUCCUAAGAGCUCAGAAUGCUUCUACACGAUAGAGCUAGAGGAGGGUUUCAUGGUCAGCCUGCAGUUUGAGGACAUUUUUGACAUUGAGGAUCAUCCUGAGGUGUCCUGCCCCUAUGACUACAUCAAGAUUAAAGCUGGUCCAAAUGUUUUUGGGCCCUUCUGUGGAGAGAGAGCCCCAGAACCCAUCAAUACCCAGAGCCACAGCGUCCAGAUCCUGUUCCGCAGCGACAACUCAGGGGAGAACCGGGGCUGGAGGCUCUCGUACAGGGCGACAGGGAAUGAGUGCCCAGAGCCACAGCCUCCUGUCCAUGGGAAAAUCGAGCCCCUACAAACCACAUAUUCCUUCAAAGACCAGGUGCUCAUCAGCUGUGACACAGGCUACAAAGUGCUGAAGGAUAAUGUGGAGAUGGAUACAUUCCAGAUCGAGUGUCUGAAGGAUGGGACAUGGAGUAACAGGAUACCAACCUGUAAAAUUGCAGACUGUGGAGCCCCGGCAGAGCUGAAACAUGGGCUGAUUACAUUCUCCACCAGGAACAACCUUACCACAUAUAAAUCUGAGAUCCAAUACUCCUGCCAGCAGCCCUACUAUCAGAUGCUCCGCAAUAUCACAGGUAUAUACACCUGUUCUGCCCAAGGAGUCUGGAUGAAUGAAGUACUGGGGAGAAGCCAGCCCACAUGCCUGCCAGUGUGUGGUCAGCCCUCCCGCUCUCUGCCAAACCUGGUCAAGAGAAUCAUCGGGGGCAGGAAUGCUGAGCCUGGCCUCUUUCCAUGGCAGGCCCUGAUAGUGGUGGAGGACACCUCGAGGGUGCCAAACGACAAGUGGUUUGGGAGUGGGGCCCUGCUCUCUGAGUCCUGGAUCCUCACAGCAGCCCACGUGCUGCGCUCCCAGCGAAGGGACAACACAGUGAUACCGGUCUCCAAGGAGCAUGUCACUGUCUUCUUGGGCCUGCAUGAUGUGCGGGACAAAUCGGGGGCUGUCAACAGCUCUGCAGCCCAAGUGGUGCUCCACCCAGAUUUCAAUAUCCAGAACUACAACCACGACAUAGCUCUGGUGCAGCUGCAGGAACCUGUGCCCCUGGGACCCCAUGUCAUGCCCAUCUGCCUGCCAAGUCCUGAGCCUGAAGGCCCAGAACCCCACAUGCUGGGCUUGGUAGCGGGCUGGGGUAUCUCCGAUCCUAAUGUGACAGUGGAUGAGAUCAUCAGCAGUGGCACACGGACCUUGUCAGAUGUCCUACAGUACGUCAAGUUACCCGUGGUGCCAUAUGCAGAGUGCAAAACCAGCUACGAGUCGCGGUCGGGGAACUAUAGCGUCACAGAGAACAUGUUCUGUGCUGGCUACUAUGAGGGUGGCAAGGACACGUGCCUUGGAGACAGUGGUGGGGCCUUUGUCAUUCUGGAUGACUUGAGCCAGCGCUGGGUGGCCCAAGGCCUGGUGUCCUGGGGGGGCCCCGAAGAAUGUGGCAGCAAGCAGGUCUAUGGGGUCUACACAAAGGUCUCCAACUAUGUGGACUGGGUGUGGGAGCAGAUGGGCUCCCCACAAGGUCUGGGGGAGCUACAGGUGGAACGGUGAACUGACUGACAUCCUCAGGGCCUGCCUGCCUGCACCCAGCCCAAGAGAGGCUGUACACGCACUUUCGAUGGCACACUCCAAGUUACUCAGCAGACCAAAUGGAAUGGAACACGCUGUCCCCAUCCUCCCAAGACAGCCCCUGGGGCUCUGAAAAGGCUUCACACAAGACGCCUGGGUCCAUGGCCCUGAGCAAGCCCAUUCCCCUCGUAGGCCUCACUCUCCCCGCAGCACAAUGAGGGAACUAGCCCUCUGGCCAAUCCCAGCACUCCUCUCAGGAGGUCUUGACCCAGUGGCCUUAUGCACUCCUACUCACCUACCAAACAUUCCGGUCCCACUGUUGGUGUGCUUGAGCUCAGACUUGACUAUUAGAAAAUCUUACCUUAUGUUGAGUUGAAUGCUGAGUCCAUAUAUUUUCCUAAAUCAGCCCUCGGCACAGACAAGUCUAGUCCCUUCUAGGGGAAAAGUGCUCGGGCUUCAGGAGAUAGGGAUGAGACCUCCAAGGCCCCGUCUCCUAGUGUGAUGUCUUGGAGUACUUUUGUUCCUUGGAUUUUUCUCCCCAAAGCUUCUUAUAGUCCAAGCCUUAUCCCUGUGUUCUCUAUUAAAGGAACUCUCUCUAUUAAAGGACAAAGAGAAAGCUGGAAAAGUUUGUGGUGACUAGGGGCAAGAGACUAUCAGUGGGAGGUUCCCCAUCUCUGAUAACUUCCUAUCGCCAAUUCUGAACACAUCAUUUAGACUCAUAAAUCACUCUCCAAUACCAGCUGACAACACAGGUGUCUACACCUGCCACUCCAGACAAGCAUGAAGCAAACUUCCAGCUCUGAUGUGUAUCAUCUGAAAAGGCCACCUGAGCCCCAGCCCCAGGCACAGAGACUCAACUGGAUUGUCUAGAAAAAGAGAAGACAAACAUGCCCCGCUGUGCUUCUGAGCAGGAAAAUGGAACAAAGAGUGAGCUCAGGACAUUAGGAGCAACCUGAUCCCACCAGACUGCCCAGUGUGCCUGCAGUCUGAGCUCUUCAGAGAAUCCACCUGGCAUGGACGUUCAGAAAGAUCCACUCCUUUGGUUUUCAGGAGCCAGACAAGGGAAGACGAGACUUGCCCAUGAAAGGACAGCCAAGAGUGCUGAGUUCUAGCCUCAGCUCUGCCCCUAACUGGCUGUCUAACCUCUCACAAAUCACUUUCCCUUUGUGGGCCUCAGUUUCCAUCUGUAAAAGGAAGACAUUAGAUCCCCCUCAGGGUCCUUCUAACUCUAGCUUUCAGUCUUCUGAUUGCCAGCAGCCUCUCCUCUGAGCCUCACAAGGUCCUCCUCUCCAGAAUUUGCUCUUCUGGGUAUUCUCCAUCAGAGAGAGGCAGCCAGAGAAGUCCUGAGAGGGAUUCCAAGAGAACAAUUGUGAAGUGUCAAUUUUUCCAAUUGGUUCAUGAAAGCACACUCCUAUGUCUAUGAACAGUACAUGUAGAGGGUGCUAUAUUUUGUAUAUUUUAUAUCACAAGCUUCUCUGCACUCUGUUUCUCCUAUAAGGGGUCUGAAGUGGAAAUAAACUCUCUGUGGA